AUGGAUCGCUAUCGAAUCGCGGCCCGCAAAUCCCUUGAAAAUACUGAUGACAGCGAUUCUUUCUUCGUUGAUGUAGAGUGUGUUGAAGAGAUCAGCCUCAAGACAGUAUGGGACGAUAUUCACGGCCAUCAAGGGCCCAAAACAGACCUGAAGAUUUGCGAAGAUUUAUUGGUGGCGCAGACAGUUUCGCUGCAUCUCCAACAGGAAGAUGUUUUGUCUGAUGACGACAGAGAAGCAGCAAAUGCUCUCAUAGUGUGGGUUACCGCCGUCAUUCCACCCUCUCAGGUAUUUGAAGGAGUAUGGGAAGAAUUCCAAUUAUCAAGUGAUGAAGCGAGGCAACAGCUCUCCCAAAAGUUCAAAAUCGCCCGCACAAAGGCAACUCUGGGAUUGAUUGCCCUUGAAAGGCUUUGCAUAUUGAUCCCUUUGGAAGACACCGAGGACCCGGUUAAUGUCAUUGCCACUCUAGCGGCUUUUACGAACCCGCAUGAUCCCUGGACGACGAUCGCCGCGGCUUCAAUCUCGUGGUCGUUAUUGGGCGAGUACGGGUCAGCUCACCCAGAGGACAGGUCGCUGGUGGCUCUCUCUGGGGAUAUUCUUGAACGAUUUGUGAAGCCUUCAUUCUCAAAGACCAAAACUCCUGCGAUUACUUCCGCUGGUCGAAAAGAUUUGCAUCCGGUCAAGCAGCCAUAUUUUGACCCAAGUACCUUUGAUAAAGCGGCAAAACCAUGGAAGUACAAGGAUGUUUCUGCCAUAACGGUGCUUAACUGGGUUGUCCAGCAAUAUAAACCGUCUGACUGUUCAACGAUUGAAGCCCACUUCCCCUUACUUAUACCGGCCAUUUUAUCUCUCAUAGACGAUGAGAGCUUGCCAUACAAAGCACAGGGCUGCAAGAUACUUUAUCGACUCUUAUCUCCACUUGCGGAAGCAAAAUCUGACAUUUUAAAACGCACCAACCUCGACUCCGUCUUUGGCGACGCCAUUACACCUUGUCUUCUGUACCUCCCUACUUUAACCCCAGAAGACCAAUCCAUUUACCUUCUCCAAGCCGCUUAUCCAGCAAUAUUCUCCAUCAUCCGAACCCGAUUCCCUUCUUCUCCUCCCUCAAAACAGCUCUAUCAUCCCGCCCCUUCUCAGCGUAAACGUGAAGAGCAAGAAUCCCAAUCUCGCACCAAUGCUCUCACGCGCGUUUUGCGACAGAGUAUCAUCUCCUCAUACCACCAUAUCAGCUCCCCUCACCCAUCAGAAGAUACAUAUAUCUCCUCCUUUCCUCAUCCGCAAAUUUCCACCCUCUUACUUAACCAGUUAACGAUCGCGAUGAGCGAACUAGGCGUCGAUACUGUCAAGCAUCUGCAGGAAAUCAUCCCGAUACUUACGUCAACGUUAACGAAUCCAUUCGGAACAGCUUAUCUACCUUUGUUGGUUGCUGCUACAGAAUGUAUGCAGCAGCUUAUUCUCUCUGCUUGGCCAAGGGUAUGGAGAUGGAGGGCAGAGCUUCUUGCUGGUGUAUGUGGCUGUUGGCUGCAUGUCGAAGAAGAUUGGGAGGAUAUAAAGAAGAGUGAUGAUGAACAGGAACAUAAAAAGUCCCAAGGCCCGCUGGAGUUGAAGGAAACUUUAAAAAAAUGCGUUCAGGUCUUGAAAGCUGUAUUGGAAGAGGCUGGGGAUGAUGACGAGACGAGUAUGGAUACCGACGCUGAAUUUAAAGAGCUAGCAGACGGUGAUAUCAGGUUGCGGGAGCUCUUCGAGUGA